AUCGUAGUCGUCGUCAUCGUCGUGGUCGUUGUCCUCCUCAUCGUCGUCCUGGUCCUUGUCCUGUUUCGACGCAUUUAAUUGGGCAACCGUAAUCGUAACCGACCGAAUCGACUACGUGAUUGGUCGAAACUUUACUGUUAUGCCUGUUCUACAAUGAGUUAUAAGUCGUGAGAAAUCUAGCCAAUCAUAGUUGAUUGUAGAAAAGAAAAUCGAACAUGAUUGGUUAAAUUUCUUACGAUCAACGACUUACGGUUCAUUGUAGAACAGGCAUUACAUCUUACGUAUGAGUAAUGGCCGACUCGUCGAGACAAAAUUUUCGUAACGUGUUAAUCGUCGCCGUUGCAUACAGCGAAUUUCGAAAGUCCUCCAUUCCGCAUGCAGUACCGAAUUGUUUAUAUCGCGCGGUCAGUGUUUUCUAGGAUUCCUAGGAAGGGCCCGCGCGCUCUUUCCCCUCGAGGCAUCGUUGACGCGCGUACCCCCUCCCCCCUCCUCACUGCCAAAAUUUUCCGCCAACUUCAGUCGCGUCGCAUUAGCGGGAGGCCUAGGUGUGCUAUGGCGCUCGCUCCGCGUUCUUCGCGCCUUUUUCCACCUUUCGAUCGAGAAAGAAAGUUUCGUCGAACCAUCGAAUCUGUGGCGACGAGCGGGACGAUCCGGUCGAUCACAAUUAGCGUGUCUCGUCGUUGAAAUAAUCUAUCAAUCACGUCGUUGCGUGUGUACGUACGUUUGUCGAAUGUCGAAAGCGUCGGUUUCGCGGGGCGCGAGUGACUCAGCAAAUUAUGGCGAGUGAUCGCGGUGCGCGAGUGCUUACGCAAUCCGGAACUUCUCGUCGUCCUCCUGGUCUUCGUCCUCGUCGUCGUCGCUGUUGUCGUCGUCGUCGUCUGGAACGAAGGAACGACAAGGAGGAGCGGAAAGGAGCAGGAAAAAGAGACGAAAGGGGAUGGACUGCUGUAUGUGGAACGGCAAGGAGGAGCGGAAAGGAGCAGCAGGAAAAGGAGACGAAAGGGGAUGGACUGCUGUAUGUGGUACCAUAAGAAUCGACGCGUUUGAAGAAACGAAGCGUUUCUCUCGACGGUAUUUGCCGUGUCAGCGUUCGACCAAGAAGGGGCAGCGACGGUGCUAUUUAAACCGCUGGGUAUCAAUAAAGCAGGAGUUUUUGGCGAAUUUCAUUGAUUUCCGAUGGAGUUGCGCUGAUAUGCCGGCCCGUCGCCAUCCGCAGGUAGGCUACAUUUUGCACAACAUUGUAAUUGAUUGGACCUGUGGCCUGAUAACCGCCUCGCGACCUCGGCUACCUCGCGUUCGAUACGCGCACUCGGUCAUGGAAUAAUUAUUUCCCUCCUUU